GGGUCCGAUGGCGCAUGCGCGGGGCCGGCAUUCCGGGCCAAGCUUCCUGGUUCCCCCCAUUGUUGUUGUUGUCCGUCUUCCGGGACAGUCGUCGAGAUGAACCGCUUGUUUGGGAAGUCGAAGCCGAAGGCGCCUCCGCCGAACCUGACGGACUGCAUCGGAACGGUGGACGGCAGAGCAGAGUCCAUUGACAAGAAAAUUUCUAGGCUCGAUGCAGAACUAGUGAAGUAUAAAGAUCAAAUGAAGAAAAUGAGGGAAGGGCCAGCAAAGAACAUGGUAAAGCAGAAAGCCCUGAGAGUGUUAAAACAGAAGCGGAUGUAUGAAAACCAGCGUGAUAAUCUUGCUCAACAGUCUUUCAACAUGGAACAAGCCAAUUAUACCAUCCAGUCUCUGAAAGAUACCAAAACAACGGUGGAUGCCAUGAAACUGGGAGUGAAGGAAAUGAAAAAGGCUUACAAGCAAGUAAAAAUUGAUCAGAUUGAGGACUUGCAAGACCAGUUGGAAGAUAUGAUGGAAGAUGCUGGGGAAAUUCAGGAAGCACUGAGUCGUAGUUAUGGAACCCCAGAUAUUGAUGAAGAAGACUUAGAGGCUGAACUGGAGGCACUGGGUGAUGAACUUUUAGCUGAUGAAGAUAGCUCCUACUUGGAUGAAGCGGCAUCUGUUCCAUCAAUUCCUGAAGGCAUGCCAGCUGAAGCAAAAAACAAAGAUGGUGUACUGGUGGAUGAAUUUGGACUGCCACAGAUCCCCGCAACAUAACUGCUCCAGUUCAUUGGGAAUGCUGUCUUUCAUGUGACAAACAUCUAAACAAAAACAUUUGAGGUUGUGGGGACUCUCGCUUUCAGUACUAUGUUUUGGAAUAUGAAGUGAACCAUGAGUGAUCACUUCCCUUCUUUGAAGAUAUUUUAUUACUAGCUUUUGUAUUAACGACAAGAAAUUGACACUACUCCUUCCUUCGAUGGGAUCCAGUCAAAAUUCUAAAAUAUUGCUGUUGUAGAAGUAUUGUAUGAAAAAUAUGUGGGACUAUUUAAAGUUUUCUUUGAUUUUAUAUUUCUUUGGGCAACAGAGGGCUAUUAUGGUGAUUUAUCUUAAAACAACUUAGUUACACCUGCUAUGAUCAUGAACAUUUUCUAAGCAUACUUCCAUUUUGACUCCAUUGCUAAUAUAAUUUGCCAUCCUUAAGUGUAACUGUAUAACAGAUGCACACAAAGGAGAUUACCAUCUAGAAUCCAUUUUGUUAUAAACUGUACGCUGUGUAAUGUA